UGCUGCACGCGCAAUCAUUCUCCACAGCUCGGAGUAUCAGCCACGCAGAUCCGAAAAAAGAGAGAGGGAGAGAGAGAGAGAGAAAGAGAGAGAGAGAGGAAACUAAGCUUUCGAGAGAAGUUUGAAGAGAACAAGUAGACAGCAAGAGUAACUUAUUAGACAUUGCUUUACGUAUUAUUUUGCGAGGCAAGACUCAAAACAAGGAGGAGCUGAGAGGAGCGAAAGAUGCGCAGGCAGAUGUGCUGAAACUUUUGGCAGCAGGGACUGCUUAUAGAACACAGAGAAAAAGAAGAGGAGGAAGAACACGGGAGGCAGGGAAGACAAGUCCCAAGGAGUGGCUGAGCAACCAGGAGUGGAAAGACGUGAUCGAAGGCUGAUACACAUCACACUAAGAAACAGCAAGAAGAGAAGAAACACUUCAGGAUGGCAGAGGAAGAGGAAACGAGGGAGGUGCUCUUCCCACAAUGGAUGGGCCCAGACAAACAUGGUCUAACCAUUGAGCAGACGGGCGGAGGUGAAAUCUUCGUCAAGGAGGUGAAAACGGAGUCCCCCGCUGCACGCACUGGGAAAGUGCAUGAAGGUGACCAGAUUGUGGGUGCCACUAUCUAUUUUGACAACAUGAGCUCAGAAGAAACAGCAGAGCUACUCAAGACUCUCAAUCGCCACAAAGUUGGGCUAAAACUACAGAACCGGUCAGGAGACAAAUCGCCUUGCCGCUCCCCUAUGGGCACCCUGACUUGGGAGGGGAGGGGUCGAUUUGGAGGUUCCAGUCCAGACAUUGUACUGAGUGGAGAUGAUGAAGACUACAAAAGAAUCUAUACCAAGAAGAUCAAGCCAAGGCUGAAGUCAGAGGACCUGGCAGAGGGAGUGGAUGUUCGCACAGAGCGCCACAGCAGCACCAGCAGCGAUGGCAGCACCAUCACCACCAUCACUCGCCGUAUAACCACCUACACUGUGGAUGUGCCAGGGGAGUCCAGCCAGCAACAGAUUGAUCUCUCCAGCCCAGAGUUCAAGAUUAAGGUCCCACGUCAUGAGCUGUCAGGGGAGAUUGGUGCUAGCUCGACACAGAUCAGGGGGCCACAUGUCAUCUUGGGAAGCAGAGGAGGUACAGAAGAGGCUGACAUCACUUUAACUGGGCCGCGGGUCACUGGCUCCUCUGAAAAGCACUGGAGCGUGAAGACUACCACUGUUACCAGGGAGGUAGAAGGGGAUGGCAGAGAAAUAAAAUUCAAAGUCCCUGGAUUUGGCAUGACAAGGGGCAAAGCACAGGGUGAGUUCAGCCUGUCUGGAGGGACUCAUCAUGAAGAUGGCAGUAUUCAGGUGCCAGGUAUCAAGGUGGCAGGAAGAGAUCUUCCAUCCAUUGAUGUCAGUGAGGGUGCAGCCAUUGGAGGCUUCAGAGGAAAGAUAGGAAUUGGAGGGAAAGAGAGUGUAGAAACAUCAAAGUCAGAAGGCAACAUGGACUUACCUGACCAAACAUUUGGCAGUAAAGGCAGCAGCAAAGUAUCUGGCAUAAGCAUCAGUACUACAGGGGUCAAGAUCGGUAGUAAAGGUGCAGGUGUGGAUUUGAAAGAGGCUGCUGCUGAUGUAAAGGCACCAAAAGUCUCAAUUGAGCAUGCUGACCUCAAGGGAAGUUCAUCUGAGGGUUUCAGUAUUUCUGGGCCUAAGGGAGCCAUUUCCUCACCCAAGAUGUCUGAUGUGGACAUUAAAUUGAAAGGACCCAGCUUUAAAGGAGGUAUUUCCACUACUGUGGUAUCAACAGAAAUUAAGUCCCCCAAUGUGGACAUUGCGAGUCUUUCCAAAGGGGCAGAAGUGGCUGGGGAAACAAAGGCUGACAUUUCUGUGCCAAAAAUUGACAUUAAAGCACCCACAGUAAAAGGACGCACAGAUGAAUCGGUGAAAGGACUAAAGAUUGGCACACCAGAUUUCUCCAUAUCUGGUUCCACGCCCAAAGCAGGAGAGAAAGUCAAAUCAGCAAAUGUUGACAUCAGCAUCAAAACACCUGAUGUUGAUAUCAAAGGAACAAAAGGUGAAGUCAAAAUACCUACUUAUGACGUCAAAGGUCCUCAAGUAGAGACAACUGGCAUCAAAAUCAGGAGGCCAGAAAUAGGAGACAUCACUGUCCCAAAAGUAGAUAUUGUCACUCCGGAUGUGGCUAUUGAUGCUCCAGGCAUUGACAUUAAAGGACUGAAAGGUGACGUGAAAAUGCCAUCAUUUGGGCUCAAGGGUACGAAGGUGGAAGGUUCUGAUGUUAUUGUUAAAGGUCCAAAGGUUGACAUCAAGUCACCAAAAUUGAAAGGGGACAUUACAAGGCCUGACGUUGGAAAACAGGACAUACAAAUUGAAAGUGACAUUAAGGAACCAAAACUAGACAUCAAAUUGCCCUCAUUUGGACUAAAAGGUGUCAAGGUGGGGGGUCCAGAUGUUGACAUCAAAGGUCCAAAAGUGAAGGCAGAAACCGAUGUCAAAGCACCAAAUGUGGAGAUUGAAGGUACAGAUAUUGGCAUUGAUGGUGGAAUCAAAAUGCCAAAAAUUAAAAUGCCCUCAAUUGGAAUCAAAGGAUCAAAAGCCGAAGGCCCUGAUGUUGACAUCAAUCUUUCCAAAACUGACAUUGAAAUCAAGGGGCCAAAAGUUGACAUUGAGCAACCAGAGAUUAAUAUUGACGGAAAGGGAGUCAAAGGAGCAAAAAUCAAAAUGCCAUCAGUUGGAAUCAAAGGGCCCAAAGUGGAGGGCACUGAUGUUGAUGUCAAUCUCCAGAAAUCUGGCAUUAAUGUGAAAGGGCCAAAAAUUGAUAUUGGAGGUCCAGGACUUGAUGGAUCAGUCAAAGGACCAGAAUUCAAGGGACCUUCCAUCUCUGGCCCAAAGAUCUCAAUGCCUGAUGUUGACAUUAAUCUGAAAGGGCCAAAGCUGAAAGGAGAUGUGGAUUUGUCUGGAUCAAAGAUUGAAGGUGAAAUCAAAGCACCAAAAGUAGACAUUGAAGGCCCAGAUGUUGAAAUUGACAGUACCACAGGUGGAUUUAAGUUACCUAAAUUCAAAAUGCCAUCAUUUGGAAUCAAAGGUCCCAAAGUGGAGCGUCCUGAUGUUGAUGUACAUCUUUCAAAGCCUGAUAUUGACAUCAAAGCACCGAAAGUCGACAUUGAAAGUCGAGAACUUGAUGUUGAGGGGCCUGAAGGCAAAAUCAAAGGACCCAAAUUCAAGAUGGCAUCUGUAUCUGGUCCAAAGAUCUCAAUGCCUGAUGUGGACGUGAAUCUGAAAGGGCCCAAGCUGAAAGGAGAUGUGGAUGUGUCUAUUCCAAAGAUUGAAGGUGAAAUCAAAGCCCCUAAAGUAGACAUUGAAGGCCCAGAUGUUGAUGUUGAAGGUCCUGAUGGUGGAUUCAAGAUGCCAAAAAUGAAAAUACCAUCAUUUGGGUUCAAAGGUCCCAAAAUGGAGGGCACUAAUGUUGAUGUGAGUCUAUCAAAACCUGAUAUUGAUAUAAAAGCACCAAAAGUUGACAUUGAAGGUCCAGAACUUGAUGUUGAAGGACCUGAUGGUAAGAUCAAAGGACCCAAAUUCAAGAUGCCGUCUAUAUCUGGUCCAACGAUCUCAAUGCCUGAUGUGGAUGUGAAUCUGAAAGGGCCAAAGUUGAAAGGAGAUGUUGAUGUGAGCCUUUCAAAGCCUGACAUUGAUAUCAAAGCACCGAAAGUAGACAUUGAAGGUCCAAAUGUUGAUGUUGAAGGUCCAGAAGGUGGAUUCAAGAUGCCAAAAUUUAAAAUGCCAUCAUUUGGAUUCAAAGGUCCCAAAAUGGAGGGCACUGAUGUUGAUGUGAGUCUUUCAAAACCUGAUUUUGGUAUAAAAGCACCGAAAGUUGACAUUGAAGGUCCAGAACUUGAUGUUGAAGGGCCUGAAGGCAAAAUCAAAGGACCCAAAUUCAAGAUGCCACCUGUAUCUGGUCCAAAGAUCUCAAUGCCUGAUGUGGAUGUGAAUCUGAAAGGGCCAAAGCUGAAGGGAGAUGUGGAUGUGUCAGUGCCAAAGAUUGAAGGUGAAAUCAAAGCACCGAAAAUAGACAUUAAAGGUCCAAAUGUUGAUGUUGAAGGUCCUGAUGGUGGAUUCAAGAUGCCCAAAAUGAAAAUGCCAUCAUUUGGAUUCAAAGGUCCCAAAAUGGAGGGUCUUGAUGUUGAUGUGAGUCUUUCUAAGCCUGAUAUUGAUAUCAAAGCACCAAAAGUUGACAUCGAAGGUCCAGAACUUGAUGUUGAAGGACCUGAAGGCAAAAUCAAAGGACCCAAAUUCAAGAUGCCACCUGUAUCUGGUCCAAAGAUCUCAAUGCCUGAUGUGGAUGUGAAUCUGAAAGGGCCAAAGCUGAAGGGAGAUGUGGAUGUGUCAGUGCCAAAGAUUGAAGGUGAAAUCAAAGCACCGAAAAUAGACAUUAAAGGUCCAAAUGUUGAUGUUGAAGGUCCUGAUGGUGGAUUCAAGAUGCCCAAAAUGAAAAUGCCAUCAUUUGGAUUCAAAGGUCCCAAAAUGGAGGGUCCUGAUGUUGAUGUGAGCCUUUCUAAGCCUGAUGUUGAUAUCAAAGCACCAAAAGUUGACAUUGAGGGUCCAGAGCUUGAUGUUGAAGGGCCUGAAGGCAAAAUCAAAGGACCCAAAUUCAAGAUGCCAUCUGUAUCUGGUCCAAAGAUCUCAAUGCCUGAUGUGGAUGUGAAUCUGAAAGGGCCAAAGCUGAAGGGAGAUGUGGAUGUGUCUGUGCCAAAGAUUGAAGGUGAAAUCAAAGCACCAAAAAUUGGCAUUGAAGGCACAGACAUUGACAUUGAGGGCCCAGAAGGAGGAUUUAAGAUGCCAAAAUUUAAAAUGCCAUCAUUUGGAGUGAAAGGUCCAAAAGUGGGGGGUCCUGAUAUUGAUGUGAGCCAUUCAAAGCCUGAUGUUGAUAUCAAAGGGCCAAAAGUUGAAAUUGAAGGCCCAGAUCUUGAUGUUGAAGGCCCUGAAGGCAAAAUCAAGGGACCCAAAUUCAAGAUGCCAUCCAUCUCUGGUCCAAAGAUCUCAAUGCCUGAUGUGAACCUCAAUCUGAAAGGACCCAAGCUAAAAGGUGAUGUGGAUGUGUCAGUACCAAAGAUUGAAGGUGAAACCAAAGGUCCAAAAGUAGACAUUGAAGGUCCAGAUGUCGAUAUUGAAGGUCCAGAAGGUGGACUCAAAAUGCCGAAGUUCAAAAUGCCAUCAUUUGGAUUCAAAGGUCCAAAAGUUGAGGGUCCUGACGUUGAUAUCAACCUACCCAAAGCAGACAUUGAUCUUGAAGGGCCCAAAGUUGAUGUUGAAGGUCCAGAAAUUGAUAUUGAAGGACCCGAAGGUAAAGUGAAGGGACCAAAAUUCAAGAUGCCAUCCAUAUCUGGUCCCAAGAUCUCAAUGCCAGACGUUGAUUUCAACCUGAAGGGGCCGAAGCUGAAAGGUGAUGUUGAUGUGUCAGUGCCAAAGAUUGAAGGUGAAAUCAAAGCACCAGCAGUAGAUGUUGAGGGUCCAGAUGUUGAAAUUGAAGGCCCGGAAGGUGGCUUCAAAAUGCCGAAGUUCAAAAUGCCAAAGUUUGGUCUCAAAGGGCCAAAAGUGGAGGGCCCUGAUGUUGACAUCAACCUACCCAAAGGUGAUCUUGAUGUGAAAGGGCCAAAAGUUGAUAUCGAAGGCCCAGAAAUAGAUGUUGAAGGACCUGAUGGCAAGAUUAAAGGACAAAAAUUCAAGAUGCCAUCCAUAUCUGGCCCCAAGAUCUCAAUGCCAGAUGUUGAUUUCAACCUGAAGGGGCCGAAGCUGAAAGGUGACAUUGAUGCGUCAGUGCCAAAGAUUGAAGGUGAAAUCAAAGCACCAGCAGUUGAUGUUGAGGGUCCAGAUGUUGACAUUGAAGGCCUGGAAGGUGGCUUCAAAAUGCCGAAGUUCAAAAUGCCAAAGUUUGGUCUCAAAGGGCCAAAAGUGGAGGGCCCUGAUGUUGACAUCAACCUACCCAAAGGUGAUCUUGAUGUGAAAGGUCCAAAAGUUGAUAUCGAAGGCCCAGAAAUAGAUGUUGAAGGACCUGAUGGCAAGAUCAAAGGACCAAAAUUCAAGAUGCCAUCCAUAUCUGGUCCCAAGAUCUCAAUGCCUGAUGUGGACUUCAAUCUGAAAGGACCAAAGCUGAAAGGAGAUGUGGGUGUGUCUGUUCCAAAGAUUGAAGGUGAAAUCAAAGCACCAGCCAUAGAUGUUGAGGGUCCAGACGUUGAAAUUGAAGGCCCAGAAGGUGGCUUCAAAAUGCCAAAGUUAAAAGUUCCCAAGUUUGGUAUUAAAGGGCCAAAAGUGGAGGGCCCUGAUGUUGACAUUAACCUACCCAAAGCUGAUAUUGAUAUCAAAGGGCCAGAGGUUGACAUUGCCAGUCCUGAAUUGGAUAUCGAAGGACCUGAUGGCAAGAUCAAAGGACCCAAAUUCAAGAUGCCAUCCAUAUCUGGUCCAAAGAUCUCAAUGCCUGAUUUAGACUUCAAUUUGAAGGGCCCGAAACUGAAGGGAGAUGUGGAUGUGUCAGUGCCAAAGAUUGAAGGCGAAGUCAAAGCCCCUAAAGUAGACAUUGAAGGCCCAGAUGUUGACAUUGAAGGUCCUGAAGGUGGAUUCAAGAUGCCUAAAAUGAAAAUGCCAUCAUUUGGAUUCAAAGGGCCUAAAGUUGAGGGUCCUGAUGUUGAUGUGAACCUCCCCAAAGCUGAUGUUAAUGUGAAAGGGCCAAAAGUUGAUGUCGAAGGUCCAGAAAUUGAUAUUGAAGGACCUGAUGGUAAGAUCAAGGGACCCAAAUUCAAGAUGCCAUCCAUAUCUGGUCCAAAGAUUUCAAUGCCAGAUGUGGACUUCAAUCUUAAAGGGCCGAAACUGAAAGGAGAUGUGGAUGUGUCAGUUCCAAAGAUAGAAGGUGAAAUCAAAGCCCCUAAAGCAGACAUUGAAGGUCCAGAAAUUGAUAUUGAAGGACCUGAUGGCAAGAUCAAGGGUCCAAAAUUCAAGAUGCCAUCUAUAUCAGGUCCCAAGAUCUCAAUGCCUGAUGUUGAUUUCAACCUGAAGGGGCCGAAGCUGAAGGGAGAUGUUGAUGUGUCUGUGCCAAAGGUUGAAGGUGAAAUCAAAGCACCAGCAGUAGACAUUGAGGGUCCAGAUGUUGAAAUUGAAGGUCCUGAAGGUGGAUUCAAAAUGCCGAAGUUCAAAAUGCCCAAGUUUGGUGUUAAAGGUCCAAAGAUUGAGGGUCCCGAUGUUGACCUACCUAAAGCUGAUAUCGAUGUCAAAGCACCAAAGGUUGAUGUUGAAGGUCCUGAAGUGGAUAUUGAAGGACCUGAUGGCAAGAUUAAAGGACCAAAAUUCAAGAUGCCCUCUAUAUCUGGUCCAAAAAUCUCAAUGCCAGAUGUGGACUUCAAUCUGAAAGGACCAAAGAUAAAAGGAGAUGUGCAUGUGCCAAAGAUUGAAGGUGAAAUCAAAACUCCAAAAGUUGACAUUGAAGCCCCAGAUGUUGAAAUGGAAGGUCCUGAAGGCGGAUUCAAAAUGCCCAAGUUUAAAAUGCCCAAAUUUGGACUCAAAGGGCCAAAGAUUGAGGGUCCUGAUGUUGAUAUCAAUCGCCCAAAAGCAGAUGUGAAUAUCAAAGGUCCAGAGGUAGAUAUUGAAGGACCAGAACUUGAUCUAGAGGUUCCUGAAGGCAAAGUUAAGGGACCCAAAUUUAAGAUGCCAUCCAUAUCUGGUCCAAAGAUCUCAAUGCCAGAUGUUGACUUCAACCUGAAAGGGCCAAAACUGAAGGGUGAUGUGGAUGUUUCUGUUCCAAAGGUUGAAGGUGAAAUCAAAGCUCCAAAAGUGGACAUUGAGGGUGCAGAUAUUGAUAUUGAAGGCCCAGAAGGUGGAUUCAAGAUGCCAAAGAUGAAAAUGCCAUCAUUUGGCUUCAAAGGUCCCAAAAUGGAGGGUCCUGAUGUUGACGUGAAACUCCCCAAAGCAGACAUUGAUGUCAAAGGGCCAAAAGUUGAUGUUAAAAGCCCUGAAAUUGAUAUUGAAGGUCCUGAAGGCAAAAUAAAGGGACCCAAAUUCAAGAUGCCAUCUAUAUCUGGUCCAAAGAUCUCAAUGCCUGAUGUAGACUUCAAUUUGAAAGGUCCCAAGCUGAAAGGAGAUGUGGAUGUGUCAGUGCCAAAGAUUGAAGGAGAAAUCAAAUCCCCAAAAGUAGACAUUGAGGGUCCAGAUGUUGACAUUGAAGGUCCAGAAGGUGGCUUCAAGAUGCCCAAAAUGAAAAUGCCAUCAUUUGGAUUCAAAGGGCCAAAAGUUGAGGGCCCUGAUGUUGACAUUAACCUGCCCAAAGCAGAUAUUGAUGUCAAAGCACCACAAGUUGAUAUUGAAGGGCCACAACUAGAAAUUGAAGGGCCUGAUGGAAAAGUAAAGAGUCCCAAAUUCAAAAUGCCAUCCAUAUCUGGGCCUAAGAUCUCCAUGCCUGAUGUGGAUUUUAAUCUUAAAGGGCCAAAACUGAAGGGUGACAUUUCAGUAGGAAAGGUUGAAGGAGAUGUGAAAGUCCCAAAAGUAGACAUUGAAGGUCCAGAGGUUGAUGUUGAAGGAAUUGAAGGUGGUUUUAAAAUGCCCAAGAUGAAGAUGCCCAAAUUUGGAUUUAAAGGUCCUAAAGUAGAAGGGCCUGAUGUUGAUGUGAAUUUACCAAAAGCUGACAUUGAUAUAAAAACUCCCCAGGCAGAAAUUGAGGCACCUGACAUUGAUAUCCAGGGACCUGAAGGAAAGAUCAAAAGUCCUAAAUUCAAAAUGCCCCACAUAUCUGGGCCAAAGAUAUCAAUGCCAGAUGUGGACUUUAAUCUGAAAGGACCAAAAAUUAAAGGUGAUGUCACAGUUCCAAAAAUUGAAGGUGAAAUCGGUGUUCCUAAGGUUGAUGUUAAAGGCCCUACAGUGGAUGUUGAAGGACCAGAUGUUGAUAUUGAAGGUCCAGAAGGUGGAUUCAAGAUGCCCAAAUUUAAAAUGCCUAAGUUUGGAUUUAAAGGGCCUAAAGUUGAAGGUCCUGAUGUUGAUGUUAAUCUCCCCAAAACUGAUAUUGAAGUCAAAGGGCCAAAGGUUGACAUUCAGAGUCCUGAGCUGGAUAUUGAAGGACCUGAAGGGAAGGUCAAGGGACCCAAAUUCAAGAUGCCAUCCAUAUCUGGUCCGAAGAUCUCUAUGCCUGAUGUGGACCUCAAUCUGAAAGGACCAAGGGUGAAAGGAGAUGUAGAUGUGUCAGUGCCAAAGAUCGAGGGUGAUAUCAAAGGGCCAAAGGUUGACGUCCAUGGGCCUGAUGUUGAUGUGAAAGGCACUGAGGGAGGAUUCAAAAUGCCAAAAUUUAAAAUGCCCAAGUUUGGGUUUAAAGGUCCCAAAGUGGAGAGCCCUGAUGUUGAUGUGAAUCUACCAAAAGCUGACAUUGACAUAAAAACCCCUAAAGUUAAUAUUGAAGGUCCUGAAGUUGACAUCGAGGCACCUGAAGGGAAGAUAAAGGGUCCCAAACUCAAAAUGCCUCAUGUUUCAGGGCCAAAGAUAUCACUUCCUGAUGUGGACUUCAAUCUAAAGGGGCCAAAGGUGAAAGGAGAUCUGGAUGUUUCAGUACCAAAAACUGAAAUUGAUAUCAAAGGACCAAAGGUUGAUAUUGAAGGGGCUGAUCUUGAUAUCGAAGGUGGGGAUGGCAAAAUUAAAGGGCCUAAAUUCAAGAUGCCAUCCAUUUCUGCUCCCAAGAUCUCAAUGCCUGAUGUUGAUUUUAACCUGAAGGGGCCAAAACUGAAAGGAGAUGUUGAUGUGUCAGUGCCAAAGAUUGAAGGUGACAUUGAAGCACCCAAAGUUGACAUUGAAGGGCCAGAUGUUAACAUUGAAGGUCCUGAGGGUGGACUAAAGAUGCCAAAAAUCAAAAUGCCAUCAUUUGGAUUCAAAGGUCCAAAGAUUGAGGGUCCUGAUGUUGAUAUUAACCUUCCCAAAGGUGACAUUGAUGUUAAAGGGCCAAAAGUUGACAUUGAGGGUCCAGAACUUGAUGUUGAAGGACCUGAAGGCAAAAUCAAAGGACCCAAAUUCAAGAUGCCAUCCAUAUCUGGUCCAAAGAUCUCAAUGCCUGAUGUGGACUUCAAUUUGAAAGGGCCAAAACUGAAAGGUGAUGUGGAUGUGUCAGUUCCAAAGAUUGAAGGAGAAAUCAAAUCCCCAAAGAUUGAUGUUGAAGGUCCAGAUGUUGACAUUGAAGGCCCGGAAGGUGGCUUCAAAAUGCCGAAGUUCAGAAUGCCCAAGUUUGGUCUCAAAGGGCCAAAGGUGGAGGGCCCUGAUGUUGACAUCAACCUACCCAAAGCCAAUAUUGAUAUCAAAGGGCCGGAGGUUGACAUUGCCAGUCCUGAAGUAGACAUUGAAGGACCUGAUGGCAAGAUCAAAGGACCCAAAUUCAAGAUGCCAUCCAUAUCUGGUCCAAAGAUCUCAAUGCCUGAUGUAGACUUCAAUUUGAAGGCCCCAAAACUGAAGGGAGAUGUGGAUAUGUCAGUGCCAAAGAUUGAAGGUGAAAUCAAAGCCCCUAAAGUAGACAUUGAAGGCCCAGAUGUUGACAUUGAAGGUCCUGAAGGUGGAUUCAAGAUGCCCAAAAUGAAAAUGCCAUCAUUUGGGUUCAAAGGGCCUAAAGUUGAGGGUCCUGAUGUUGAUGUGAACCUCCCCAAAGCUGAUGUCAAUGUGAAAGGGCCAAAAGUUGAUGUCGAAGUUCCAGAAAUUGAUAUUGAAGGACCUGAUGGCAAAAUCAAAGGACCCAAAUUUAAGAUGCCAUCCAUAUCUGGUCCCAAGAUCUCAAUGCCAGAUGUUGAUUUCAACCUGAAAGGGCCAAAGCUGAAAGGAGAUGUGGAUGUGUCAGUUCCAAAGAUUGAAGGUGAAAUCAAAUCCCCAAAGAUUGAUGUUGAAGGUCCAGAUGUUGACAUUGAAGGUCUGGAAGGUGGCUUCAAAAUGCCAAAGUUCAAAAUGCCCAAGUUUGGUCUCAAAGGGCCAAAAGUGGAGGGCCCUGAUGUUGACAUCAACCUACCUAAAGCUGAUAUUGAUAUCAAAGGGCCAGAGGUUGACAUUGCCAGUCCUGAAGUAGACAUUGAAGGACCUGAUGGCAAGAUCAAAGGACCCAAAUUCAAGAUGCCAUCCAUAUCUGGUCCAAAGAUCUCAAUGCCUGAUUUAGACUUCAAUUUGAAGGGCCCGAAACUGAAAGGAGAUGUGGAUGUGUCAGUGCCAAAGAUUGAAGGUGAAAUCAAAUCCCCAAAGAUUGAUGUUGAAGGCCCAGAUGUUGACAUUGAAGGUCCUGAAGGUGGAUUCAAGAUGCCUAAAAUGAAAAUGCCAUCAUUUGGAUUCAAAGGGCCUAAAGUUGAGGGUCCUGAUGUUGAUGUGAACCUCCCCAAAGCUGAUGUGAAUGUGAAAGGGCCAAAAGUUGAUGUCGAAGGUCCAGAAAUUGAUAUUGAAGGACCUGAAGGAAAGAUCAAAGGACCCAAAUUCAAGAUGCCAUCUAUAUCUGGUCCAAAGAUCUCAAUGCCUGAUGUGGACUUUAAUUUGAAAGGGCCAAAACUGAAAGGAGAUGUGGAUGUGUCAGUUCCAAAGAUUGAAGGUGAAAUCAAAUCCCCAAAGAUUGAUGUUGAAGGUCCAGAUGUUGACAUUGAAGGUCUGGAAGGUGGCUUCAAAAUGCCGAAGUUCAAAAUGCCCAAGUUUGGUCUCAAAGGGCCAAAAGUGGAGGGCCCUGAUGUUGACAUCAACCUACCUAAAGCUGAUAUUGAUAUCAAAGGGCCAGAGGUUGACAUUGCCAGUCCUGAAGUAGACAUUGAAGGACCUGAUGGCAAGAUCAAAGGACCCAAAUUCAAGAUGCCAUCCAUAUCUGGUCCAAAGAUCUCAAUGCCUGAUGUAGACUUCAAUUUGAAGGGCCCGAAACUGAAAGGAGAUGUUGAUGUGUCAGUGCCAAAGAUUGAAGGUGAAAUCAAAUCCCCAAAGAUUGAUGUUGAAGGUCCAGAUGUUGACAUUGAAGGUCCUGAAGGUGGAUUCAAGAUGCCUAAAAUCAAAAUGCCAUCAUUUGGAUUCAAAGGGCCUAAAGUUGAGGGCCCUGACAUUGAUGUGAACCUCCCCAAAGCUGAUGUCAAUGUUAAAGGGCCAAGGGUUGAUGUUAAGGGCCCGGAAAUUGAUGUUGAAGGACCUGAUGGUAAAAUCAAAGGACCCAAAUUCAAGAUGCCAUCUAUAUCUGGGCCAAAGAUCUCAAUGCCAGAUGUGGACUUCAAUCUGAAAGGACCGAAGUUGAAGGGAGAUGUGGAUGUGUCUGUUCCAAGGGUCGAAGGUGAAAUCAAAGCACCAGCAGUUGAUGUUGAGGGCCCAGAUGUUGAAAUUGAAGGUCCUGAAGGUGGACUGAAAAUGCCAAAGUUCAAAAUGCCCAAGUUUGGUCUCAAAGGGCCAAAAGUGGAGGGCCCUGAUGUUGACAUUAACUUACCUAAAGGUGAUCUUGAUAUCAAAGGGCCAAAGGUUGAUGUAGAAGGUCCGGAAAUAGAUGUUGAAGGACCAGAUGGUAAAAUCAAAGGACCCAAAUUCAAGAUGCCAUCUCUAUCUGGUCCAAAGAUCUCAAUGCCUGAUGUGGACUUCAAUCUGAAAGGACCAAAGUUGAAGGGAGAUGUGGAUGUGUCUGUUCCGAAGGUUGAAGGUGAAAUCAAAUCCCCAAAGAUUGAUGUUGAGGGCCCAGAUGUUGAAAUUGAAGGUCCUGAAGGUGGACUGAAAAUGCCUAAGUUCAAAAUGCCCAAGUUUGGUCUCAAAGGGCCAAAGAUUGAAGGUCCUGAUGUUGACAUUAACCUACCUAAAGCUGAUAUCGAUGUUGGUGCACCAAAGGUUGAUAUUGAAGGCCCUGAAGUGGAUAUUGAAGGACCCGAAGGCAAGAUCAAGGGACCCAAAUUCAAGAUGCCAACAAUAUCUGGUCCAAACAUUAAAAUGCCUGAUUUUGAUGUUAAACUCAAAGGGCCUAAAGCAGAGGGUGAUAUAAAAGGCCCUCAAAUAGACAUUGAAGGCCCAGAUGUGGAUAUUCAUGGGCCUGAAGGUGGAAUCAAAAUGCCCAAAAUUAAAAUGCCAAAAUUUGGUUUCAAAGGCCCCAAAGCUGAAGGCCCUGAUCUUGACAUUUCAGGUGACAUUAAGGGACCUGAUGUUGACAUUGAGGGACCAGAGGGGAAGAUCAAAGGCCCCAAAUUCAAGAUGCCAUCUAUUUCUGGUCCAAACAUCUCAAUGCCUGAUGUAGACCUUAAUCUGAAAGGGCCAAAGCUAAAGGGAGAUGUGGAUGUCUCUGUGCCAAAGAUUGAAGGCGAAAUCAAAGCACCAAAAGUAGACAUUGAAGGUCCUGAUGUAGACAUUGAAGGCCCAGAAGGUGGAUUUAAGUUGCCCAAGUUCAAAAUGCCAAAGUUUGGAGGGAAAGGUGCCAAGAUUGAGGGCCCAGACAUUGACAUCUCUGGGCCUAAGAUUGAGGGUGAGAUUGAAGUGCCAGAUGUGGAUAUUGAGGGUCCUGAAGGGAAGAUCAAAGGUCCAAAGUUCAAGAUGCCAACCAUCUCUGGUCCUAACAUCAAAAUGCCAGACUUCAAUCUCAAAGGACCAAAAAUAGAAGGUGACUUGAAAGGACCAAAAGUUGACAUAAAUGCACCAGAACUGAAUGUUGAGGGCCCUGAUGUAAACAUUGAAGGACCUGAGGGAAAUGUUAAAGGACCCAAGUUUAAAAUGCCAAAGAUAUCAGGCCCUAACAUCAAAAUGCCUGAUUUUGACAUUAGCCUGAAAGGACCUAAAGCGGAAGGGGAUGUAAAAGGACCAGAUGUAGAUAUUGAAGUACCUGAUGUCAACAUUGGAGGUCCUGAUGUUGAGCUUGAAGGACCAGAAGGUGGAUUCAAGAUGCCAAAGAUUAAAAUGCCAAAAUUUGGCUUCAAAGGUCCCAAGGUUGAAGGCCCUGAUGUUGAUAUUUCAGGUGAUAUUGAAGGACCUGAUAUUGACAUUGAGGGACCAGAGGGGAAGAUCAAAGGCCCCAAAUUCAAGAUGCCAUCUAUUUCUGGUCCAAACAUCUCAAUGCCUGAUGUAGACCUUAAUCUGAAAGGGCCAAAGCUAAAGGGAGAUGUGGAUGUCUCUGUGCCAAAGAUUGAAGGCGAAAUCAAAGCACCAAAAGUAGACAUUGAAGGUCCUGAUGUAGACAUUGAAGGCCCAGAAGGUGGAUUUAAGUUGCCCAAGUUCAAAAUGCCAAAGUUUGGAGGGAAAGGUGCCAAGAUUGAGGGCCCAGACAUUGACAUCUCUGGGCCUAAGAUUGAGGGUGAGAUUGAAGUGCCAGAUGUGGAUAUUGAGGGUCCUGAAGGGAAGAUCAAAGGUCCAAAGUUCAAGAUGCCAACCAUCUCUGGUCCUAACAUCAAAAUGCCAGACUUCAAUCUCAAAGGACCAAAAAUAGAAGGUGACUUGAAAGGACCAAAAGUUGACAUAAAUGCACCAGAACUGAAUGUUGAGGGCCCUGAUGUAAAUAUUGAAGGACCUGAGGGAAAUGUUAAAGGACCCAAGUUUAAAAUGCCAAAGAUAUCAGGCCCUAACAUCAAAAUGCCUGAUUUUGACAUUAAUCUGAAAGGACCGAAAGUAGGGGGCGACAUCAAAGGACCAGAUGUAGAUAUAGAUGUUCCUGAUAUCAACAUUGAAGGCCCCGAUUUUGAUGUGAAAGGUGAUGGCAAACUAAAGAUGCCCAAGAUAUCAGGUCCAAAGAUUGACAUUGAUACUCCUAGUUUUAACAUUGAAAAGCCAGAGAUAAAUUUCCCCAAAUUUAAAGGGCCGAAAUUUGGAAUCAAAUCUCCCAAAGUAGAAGGACCAGAAGUGGAGCUUCCAUCUGGACAGCUUGACCUGAAAGGACCAGAUGUUGAUCUGAAUGCACCCAGUGCUGACAUUGACUUAAAAACCCCUGACAUCAGCAUAGAGGGGCCUGAUGCAAAUAUUAAAAUGCCAAAAUUCAAGAAGCCAAAAUUCAACCUUGGUGGCAAGAGCCCAAAAGCAGAUGUCAAACUACCUGAAGCUGAUGUUAAUCUUGAAAGCCCUGACAUUGAUAUAAAUCUCAAAGGGAAGAAAGGCAAGUUCAAAAUGCCUAAAAUGAAAGGGAAGGUCAAGAAGCCUGAUGCCAGCAUUGAUGUUAAGGCACCUGAUGUAGAUGUGGAUGUUGAUGCACCUGAACUUCACCUGAAAGGACCCAAAGUAAAGAAACCAUUGUUUGGGAAGCUACAUUUCCCUGAUGUGGAGUUCGACAUUAAGUCUCCAAAGGUUAAGGGUGAUGGUUCCCUUUCUGGUACAUUAAAGACUCCUGAUGUGGAUCUGCCAUCAGCUAGCCUCAAAGCAGAUAUAAAAGGUUCUGAUGUUGACUUACCAGAUGUGAAUGUGGAGGGCCCUGAUGUUAAAAUGAAAAAACCCAAAAUCAAAAUGCCCAAGUUCAAUAUCUCAGGGCCCAAACUCAAAACCCCUGACAUUGACCUGAAGGGCCCACAGGUUGAUGCUCCUGAUGUGAACGCUAGUAUGGAUGUGUCUGGUGUAGACAUUGAAGGUCCAGAUGUUAAGGGAAAGCUCAAGCUUGAGGGACCUGAUGUGGACAUUGAAGGGCCUGAUGGAAAGGCAGGUUUCAAGAUGCCCUCUCUGAACAUCAAAGCACCAAACAUUUCUGCCCCUGAUUUCAAUUUGAAGGGACCUAAAAUCAAGGGAGAAACAGACCUCUCUUAUGAGUUACAGGGACCAAAGUGUGACAUAGAAGGUCCUGAUGUAGACAUCCAUGGACCCGAGGGAAAUAUAAAGGGUCCAGGAUUCAAGAUGCCUUCUCUGGAUAUUAAAGCACCUAAAAUAUCUGUCCCUGACUUCAGUUUGAAAGGACCAAAAAUCAAAGGAGAUGUGGAUCUCUCAGGGGACAUCAAGGGUCCAACAGUUGACAUAGAAGCCCCUAGUGUUGACCUAGAAGGAGCAGAGGGUAAGCUGAAAGGGCCAGGACUAAAGAUGCCAUCUCUGAACAUUAAAGCACCCAAGAUAACUGUUCCAGAUAUUGACCUAAACCUUAAAGGACCCAAGAUCAAGGGAGACAUGGAUGUUUCUGGUGACAUAAAAGGGCCCACUGUUGACUUAGAAGGACGUGGUGUUGACAUUGAGGGUCCUGAAGGAGAGAUCAGAGGCCCAUCAUUCAAGAUGCCAUCUCUUGACAUUAAAGCUCCCAAGAUUACUGCCCCUGACCUCAGCUUGAAGGGACCCAAAAUUAAAGGUGAUGUUGACAUUUCAGGGAACAUCAAAGGUCCCAGUGCAGAUAUUGAGGGGCCAGAAGUAGACAUUGAAGGACCAGAUGGAAAGAUCAAAGGUCCUGGUUUCAAAAUGCCCUCCCUGGAUAUAAAAGCACCAAAGAUCUCUGUUCCUGAUGUUGAUUUCAACCUCAAGGGACCAAAGAUCAAGGGAGACAUGGACCUCUCUGGAGGGCUUACAGGACCUGAUAUUAAGACCCCAAAGGCAGGUGCAAACAUUGAAGGUCCAGACUUUGAACUUGAGGGAUCUGGAGGUGGAAUAAAAAUGCCCAAAAUAAAGAUGCCAAAGAUAGGUUUUAAAGGUGCUGAAAUUGAAGGCUCGGAUGUGGAUGUGAACCUUCCCAAAGCUGACAUUGAUAUCAAAGGGCCAAAAGUUGACAUUAAAGGUCCAGAACUGGACAUUGAAGGACCCGAUGGGAAAGUCAAAGGACCCAAGUUCAGCAUGCCAUCCAUAUCUGGUCCUAAGAUCUCACUACCAGAUGUGGACUUUAAUCUGAAAGGACCAAAAGUGAAGGGAGAAGCUGAUGUGUCUAUACCCAAGACAGAAAUUGACAUCAAAGGGCCAAAAGUUGACAUUGAAGGGCCAGAAAUGGACAUGGAAGGACCAGAGGGUGGAAUAAAAAUGCCUCAGAUAAAAAUGCCUAAAUUUGGUUUUAAAAGUCCCAAAGUAGAAGGUCCAGAAGUCGACUUGUCAGGUCCAACAGUAGAAGGCCAAAUUACAAAACCAAAAGCUGAGGUAAAAGGCCCAAGUAUAGAUAUCAAAUUACCAGAUGUUGAUUUGGAAACACCAGAGCUAAAAGGGAAGAAGUCAAAAUUCAAGUUUCCAAAGUUUGGUUUUGGGAGCUCCAAACUGGAGGGUGCCGAUGUCGAUAUUAAUGCUAAAGGACCAAAACUCAGUGGCGAGCUUGACACUUCUGCAGAUGUAAAACUCUCCAAGCCCUCUGUAGAAGGAGACUUGAAGGGUGGAAUUUCAGGAGACCUGAAAGGCUCGGGUGUGAAAGUAAGCGGUCCAGAGAUGAGUCUGAAAGGGCCCACGGUCACAGGGCUGAAUGUCAAGGGAGGGGCAGGAGUGGACACAGAAAUGUCUGGUGGGAUGGAAUAUCCAGAGGGCAAAGUCACCUUCCCCAAGUUAAAGGUUCCCAAAUUUGGCAUUGCCUUACCCCAGUUGGAAGGUCCUGAGAUGGGGGUAGAUGUUGGGUCAGGAGUGGAAGCUGAAGGAGGGGAGAUCAAUAUACAAAGCCCUUCAGGUGGUGGCUAUGUCAGCUCCCAGAGCCUUGAUAUACACGGCCCAGAGAUAAAAACAAGUGGUGGUGGAAAAGCAAAAGUAAAGAUGCCUAAAUUCUUUGGCAAGUCAAAAACCAAAGGUGGCAGUGCGGUCGAUCUGAGCCUUCAGGGGCCAGAGCUUGAACUGUCUGGCAGCGGAGGUGGUGUGAAAAGCUCCAAAGGCCUGAGUGUGAGUUCUGGAGAACUGCUCAGUGGAAAGAUUGAAGGAGGUGCUGGACUCAGUGUGUCACCCAAGAGCAAGUCAGCCUCGCUAGAUCUGUUCAAGAAAUCACGACAUCGCUCCUCCUCACUGAGUGAUGAGGGGGGACUAGCUUCUCCCUCCUCCCCUUCUGGUCACUUACAAGCAGAGGGUGGGGACAUCUCCGUGGAUGCAGGGGGUGUCAAGGUGAAAGGCAAGAAGGGAAAGCUUAAGUUUGGCACGUUUGGUGGGUUUGGCUCCAAGUCCAAGGGUUCAUAUGAAGUGACACUUGGAGAAGAGGGUGAAGAAAGGGUAGAGGGAAGUGGGGGUGUUUCUCUCCCCUCUAAAAAGUCCAGGAUGUCUUCAUCCUCGAGUAGUGAUAGUGGGGCAAAGGGAGGCUUCCGUUUCCCACGUGUUGAAAUUGCUGUGUCACCCAAAAAAUAAUGUAACGUCCUAUCCUAUCCUCACUCACACGACACCCUUCCCACCCCCCAAAAAUGACAUACUCCUUCCACCUGUACCAUUAUCCUCUUCUUGAUUACCCAAGACCCACCACUACCACCUCUAAUAUUUCAAAUUGAAAAAAAAAAACUUCAGGCUGAUUUUCAAAACUUUUAUCUCCAGUACCACACUAAUGCACUGUUAUAGAAAUUCUCAGAUAACUGACAGAGUACAUGUCUAUCCCCUUUAAAUUCUCCCCCCAAAUACUUGUCUUGACUAAUCACACUGGAGUAAAUUAUGUAGUUUUGAAAAUCAACCUUAAACUGUAAAUAAGAUAUGAGUCGGUUUUGUAUUUUUAAAACUUUUUUCUUUUUGUACAUAAUUAUAUUUUAUUGAACAUACACAAUUUCACUUCUCCUUCCCUCCCUACACAGUGCCUUAAGUACAAAUGUCUGAAGUAAAAAUGUUUUCCUGCAUUUUGUUUCAAUACUUUUUAUAAUGUUAGGCCUGCUAUUUUUGUAUCUUUAAAUGUAAUAAAGAAAUAUUCAAACAGAGGUCUGUAUCAGAAAAGCAAUACCAUGGUUUAAAUUGUUCUUUUCAAGAAUGUGUGUCUAUAUACACAUGUACACAUAAUGAGCAGAGUAACAUCACUUGCUGUCAUAUAUAAACAAAUGAUUUAUUUGCCUUUGUUUUGGAGCUUAAAUAUUGUAAUCCAUGCUGCAAAAUUAGUACUUUUUGUAGUGCUCAUUUUUACAUUUUCUAUUAAGAGUAUCAGUAUCAGUGCUGGUAGUGACCAUUAUUGCAAUGAGAAUCAAUGUUGUAUGUUUGUACAAACUAAUGAACUGCUGUUAGGACUUAAGUUGCACUAGAAUACUGCCAUAAGUCAAGACUGAUAGCUGCUUUAUAAAACAAUGGUUUCAUGAUUUAGCUUUAUAAGGAAAGCAUACACAGAGCAGAAGAUUUAUAGUAAAGGUAUAUGCUUCAGGUCUGCUGCCAAAAACAAGAGAGUAUGGCAUUGUCCUAGUGUGACACCAAGGUGGCUCCAAUGGUCAUUUGUAUUAUAUAUUAUUUUCAUAUUUUGUCUUUUAUCAUGUGUUGCAAGGAAAAAAAGUACAUAUACAAAAUGAAUACAACUUCUAAUAUGGUUUUAUGAAUAGACAGCAAAUUAUAGCUCCCAUAGUCUCUCUGAACUAUGUUAAUUGACUUGCUCUAUAAUGUCUACUGAGGAAUCAUACAAUGUGAUGAUAUGCAGCUGUUUAGCUUGGACUUAGCAGCACUUUGAAUUAGACAGUUGUUUUGAGGACUAAUUUGUAACUCCACUAUUCCUUCCUUGCCUGCACCUGCCCUCUGGCGAAUCUCUCUCCCUCUCUCUCUCAUUGAAAAGCUGUGGUGGUGUUUGGUAAUGAGGGUAUAGCAGAGUACAUUAGCUGUCCUAAAAAUUGUGAAUAUCAUAAUAAGCCGUGCCGCAGUUCCACUUGUGUGUAUAAUAACUUUUAUGAGAUUUUCUCUGCAAGUCACUGCUUAAAUUUUUGGAGAGAAGUAUACAUCAAUUUAUUUUCCUCAUUUUUAUUUUUAACAACUAAUUGGUUUGCUUUGGAGACAUUGGGAUAUGAAA